AUGGGAGCUCUUCCCUAUCUCGGAUUUAUUACUUCCUCGCCCUUUAUGUCUUACAUUAUUUUAAAUUUUAGCUCUAAGAAGGCCAUUAUUGUUUCCAUGUUUCUAAACAUGUCAUCUUUGGUUCUGGUUGCUUCGUCGGUUAACAAAUAUAUGUUUUUUGUUUCUAGGUUUUUAUGCGGCUUUACUCGGUCUCUGUUUAUCAUAUAUUACCCCUUAUGGGUUGACAUUUUUGCUCCUGAGCAUCACAGGAACUUAUGGAUGUCCAUUAUUCAGGGCGGUAUAGUCGUUGGCAUUACCAAGGGUUACAUUUUUACUUCGCUGUUCGGCCUUAUUGGGAGGCACGGGUGGCGAUACAGCAUUGUUACUCAGACUAUCUUUGAGCUUAUUUUAAUUUCUUUGUUUUUAAUGGUGCCCAAGGACUACAUCGAGUUCGACCCUUCGAGGGAGGACAUUGACCAGUUGGAGUUCUGCACGUGCCGCAACUUGGAGAAUAGCUUAUCGCUUACCAGUUUCGCCACGAAGCGUCUCUGCAGCAACAGCAUGGCCCUUCGGCCCUCGGCCACUUAUACGCCCUGUGACAAAUACUUGGUCAGGCACAAGACUCUCGAUUUGGUCUGCACUAGGAUGACUUCCAUUGCGAUAAGUACUGAGGCUCGCAGGUCCAGGAUUUACUCGAACUUUGAGCAUUCCAUGACUGACAAGGACAAGGAGAAGUGCCAGUGCUGUUUAAACAAGGUUAACAGGUUCAAUGGCGAAGUUAAUCCCAAGGAGAUGUCCACUCUCUCCAAGUUUGCUCUUCUUUGCAAGCAGAACGUCUUCAUGUUAACUUGCUUGGGCAUUUCAACCGUCUAUUUCGAGGUCACCGGGAUUCACUAUUGGAUGACCAAGAUUGGCGUCAGUCACCUCAACAUUAACGAAAAGGCUGUUCACUUGAUUUUUUCCAUUGAAACCAUCGCUGGCCCUGUUCUGGGUAUUGUCAGUGGUUCUUAUCUCAUAGAUCAACUCAUUUACCACUACCCCGAGUAUCCUUUACUCGUCGACUUAACCUUGUUCAUUUGGGGCUCCCUCACUUGCGUGGCAAGCGUAGUCUUACUUUUAAGGCAGAAUCCUUACACUUUUAUCAUUGGCAUUUUCAUCAUUCUCUUCUUCGGGGCUGCUCUGGUUCCAACUUUGACUUUAACUUCUGUGGCUUAUCUGCCUCAUAACUUGAAGCCUGCUGGCGCUUCCUUUUUUAUGUGCCAAUAUCAAAUUUUCGGCUUCAUGUUGGGGACUCUCGUUCCCGGUGUCGUGGUUGACAUUUUCAAGAGCUACACUACCUCUCUUUGUAUAAUAUACUUGUCAGGAUUCGUGGGCCUUGGAGCGAUGGUGGCCAUUAUAUCGAUAAAAUGGAACAGGAUUAAAAAAUCUAAGAUAAAAACAUCCGAAUUCUAA